UUCAGAUCCCCAUUCGAUCUAGGCUUAUAGUCGUCUAUUUUCUAUCUACAAGAUGCCCGGUAUAGAAAUAUCUGAUACACCCCAGCCUCAGCUCCCAAAGGGUUCAGCUGAGCCCGAGAAGUUCCCGCUUGAUGGCCAUGACAUCUCCCAGGUCUCCAAUGAGACGCUAAUCGAACUUUUCGAAACUGCCCCCGUCGUUCACGAUUUUGGAGGAACACGGAUUGUUCGCCUGUCACAGACAUUGAUUCUCAAGGGCGGUGAAAGGACACAACCAGGCGAAGCCCACAUGUUGAGCUUUAUCGCCAAGGCAGACAAGAAAAGUGGAGCACAAAGGAUCCGAGCGCCUAGGGUCCACCGGGUUCUCAACAUCAAUAGGGACAACAGUUGGGAAGUGUGGAACUGCCUCAUUGUCAUGGAUUUCAUUCAUGGUACAACUGUCGAUCGCUGCUGGGAUGAUCUGAGCCAGGAGAAGCGCUUGGACGUUGUCACUCAAGUCGCUUCCAUGUUAGAUACCUUGCACUCUAUUCCACUGCCUGAAGAGUAUCAAAGUCUGCCUGGCCCAGUCGGAGAGCCACGAUGUCUGGCCUAUGGUUAUAUGUUUUUCGAUGAAGGGGCUGGGCCAUUCUCCUCGACACGGGAAUUGGAGGCGUGGUUUGAUGGAAGAUUGGAAGUCGGACGCUUGUUCAAACGAGUGCCUGAUGACAUUCCACCUUUCCGUUUUGAUAAGCUCGUUCUGACGCACCAGGAUGUUAUGCCCAGGAAUUUGAUCCUUGAUGGGGAGGGACUUGUUUGGCUAAUUGAUUGGGGAAACUCCGGGAUCUACCCAGACGGGUUUGACUAUGUGGGUAUUAAGAAGAAGAGAUCAUUCGGACCACAGUUCGUAGAUAUGCUGCUGGAGAAAAUCCCGAGUCAUGAGGACCUGUACGAGCAAAUGCGCCAUAUUGUCUGGGCUUUGACUACGGGGAGGUAUCUCUAGGGAGAUGAUUUCACCCAUGCCUAACGUCAUUAGCAUCUUUCAAAAACAGAACGAUACCAAUUGAGCUACAUUCGGUAAACAAGUCAG